CUCUGCUCUACUCUUUACGCAAGCGUUGGCUCGACUUUACCAUUCGAUAACCUCCAUAAAAACCUACUUGCCUUGCUCAGCGUCAAAGCCCUCAUCUCUCUUUGCUCUCCUUGCUAUACUAUAUUAACUCGCAUAAACUGGUUCUCAUUUCUCUCUAGCCACUUGAAACAAGCGCAACAAUGGCAAGCACUGAGGCCGAUCACGAUCACAGAGAAGAUGAUGAUGCCCCUGCCGGCGAGGACGAGGACACUGGAGCUCAUGUCGCUCCUAUUGUCAAGCUCGAGGAGGUCGCCUUCAACACCGGUGAAGAGAACGAAGAUCCCAUUCUCGAUCUGAAAUCCAAGCUCUAUCGAUUCGAUAAGGAGGGGAACCAGUGGAAGGAGAGAGGCGCGGGUACAGUUAAGCUCUUAAAGCACAAGGAAACGGGCAAAGUACGCCUUGUUAUGAGGCAAUCUAAGACUCUCAAGAUCUGCGCCAAUCACUUCAUACUUCCAACGAUGUCAGUUCAGGAGCACGCUGGAAAUGACAAGUCCUGUGUGUGGCACGCCUCUGAUUUCGCUGAUGGUGAAUUAAAGAAUGAACUUUUUUGCAUCCGUUUUGCAUCAGUUGAGAAUUGCAAGACAUUCAGGGAAAUGUUUCAAGAAGUAGCUGAAUUCCAAAAAACAAAGGAGGAAAAUAAAGAUGCAACUGCUGCUGCUGAUGCCUUUAAUAAGUUGAGCGUUGAAGAAAAGAAAACUGAGGAGACAACUGAAGAAGAGGUGCCAGCUGAAGCUGAGGAGGCAGCAACUAAGGCUGAUGCAGAGAAUAAAGUUAAGGAGCCUCCUUCCUCAACCUGAGAAUGUUGGUUCCAUACUUUGGCAAUAUGAUGAGGUCUACCCCAAUUCUCGCCCCAUUUGUGGUUUGCUCGUGUCUGAAAUUUGGACUUAGUUAGUGGGCGGGAAUGGUGUGGGGUCCAUGCAUUCUGCAGUUUGAGUCUGUCUGCAUUAGUCAAAACAUUGGGUCAUUUGCAUGUUGAGGGUUAUGACCUGGAAAGGAUAGUUCAUCUAGGAUUUUGCAGUAGAACUAUUUAUUUACUUGGUGCAAAUUAAAUGAUUUAAUGCUCUAGUGGAUGAAAAAAGGAAAACAAAGAAAAAGAAAAAUGGAACUUCAAAGAGUUUUUGUUGGGAUAUAAGUUCCUGAAUUGUGCUGAGUCUGCUAUUUAUGUUGACGGAAAUUUGUGUGCUAUUGUCAAUACUUUCCUUUUUUCUGUUGAAA